AUGAUCCGACCAGCAGGAGGGACCUCACUCCCACUUCCAUCCCCAAUGUCCUUGCCACCCAGUCACCUUGGUCCUGGCGCCCCAGUGCAGCCUGCUUUGCAGCCAUCUCACAUGCUCACUCCUCACGAUCUGGCUCGAUGGGUCACCAUUACCAAUCUACCUCGAGAGGCUAAUGAGGCAUGGCUCCGCAUGGUCUUUGCUCGCAUCUGCACUGUGCAGAGCGUAGAGCUCAACCCUCUCACUGGGCCCGGUGUGGCCUAUUUGCAGUUCGCCUCACCUGACCAUGCUCGUGCUGCUCUCACCAUGGACGGCUAUGUUGCCCUUGGCAUUACUCUUCGUGUCAGCCCUGGCAGGAACACUACCCUCCAAAACCUCUCCAUCUUCGGACGUAAGGACAGCAUGCACACAGCGUACAGCCCCACCCUCGUCGGUGAUGGCAGCCUGCCCCCCGGGACUACCCCAUCUCGUAGGAAUGGAUCGCUCUCGCUUCCUAAUCAUCGCAUCUUGGAGCAAGCUCAAUCGCCACCUCACAAGAAUCUCUACAUACUCAACUUGCCGCUUGACGCUACCAGCGAUCAGCUUGCCGCUCUCUUCAGUGCUCACGGCACCGUAGUACACUGCGUCAUACUCGCCAUGCUCGAUGCUCAGGCUCGCCGACGAGGGUUCAUCGACAUGUCAUCCCCACAAGAGGCAAAGGAAGCCAUCGAGUCUCUCAACGGCUUCGUAUGGCACGGAUACCCCAUCGAAGUCUCCUAUGCUAUCGUGCAGCGAUCUGGUGGUCCUCUCAGUGGUCCCAACAUCGUACGAAGAACGGUACCUCGCUCUCGCUGGAACUGUGGACCUCGUCGACAACCCGUUCAGCCUUCUGCGUCUCCUUCUCCCAGCAGUGGAAGCUCCGAGAGGUCUUUCAACCCGAUCAUCACCGAUGGCAUGGCCAGCUCUGGCAAUCGACUUCACGCAGCCAACGGUCCGGAGACUAGUGUCUGCAUUGAUCCUCACACUAUCUUCGUCACCGGCCUCGACCCCGUUGCUAUUCUGGACGAUGAAGACUUCGCCAACAGCUUGCGACCUUUUGGCAAGGUCGUUGCUUGCUCACUGUCUCGCGACGUCAACGGCAUGUCGCUCGGUUACGGAGUCGCUUCUUUUUCUUCGUCUGCUGAAGCAGCUAGUGCCCAGACUGCUCUCGAUGGCAAGAUUCAGAAUGGUGUCCAGCUCUCUUGCAAGAAUCUUCAUUACACGCGAAUGCCGUCCACUUCUCCACAGAUGCCUCCACUCCUCAGUCUCAGCUCUGUGGGCGGCCUCCCAGAGCGACUGAUGACUCCAACGAGCUACACUGGUGGUGCUGCGUCUGCUCCCCUCUGCGCAAGCAAGAGUGUAUCUGACUACUGGACCCGGCCUGAUGCUACGCCUUCCCCAUACGCCAAGGAGUUUCUUCCCCUCAAUCGGAGCUUCAGUGACAGUCAGCACAACCCUCACUUGGCUCAACCCGUCUACGUUGGCUUCGACCUGACUCCUGCCAGCAGCCCAGAAGACAGCCGUGAUGACAGUGGCGUCACUCAAGCCUCGAUGAAAUUGACUACGCCAUCCGAGUCUCCCGACAUCGAUGCCAAGAAGCUGUCGUGCAACAAGGAGGGAGCCGUAGCCGCCAUCAACAGUGUCUCUGCCGAUGGACUGUGGGACCCCAUCUUCAAUGAGGCUAACGGCACUGCCCGAAGGGCUCACGGCGAGCAGGGCACCGGUGUCCCGUCUUUCGGGCCCAUCGGCUCUAGCCCACCGAGGAAGGAGAUCCAGCCUCUUUCUGCAGACAACAUGAGCAAUGCAACUAGCGGGCUGGGCCUGUCGAGCCUCUCACUUGGGUCUGGGGGUCGGGAAGACCAUGCCGCUUGA